UACAUUUUGCGGCACUUAUGCAUUACUGCUAACUAAAGCUUCUUGAGGUCAAUAACUCUGUAAAGUUACUUAUUAUGACGGAAAAUAAUAUAACAGGGAUAAACCUGGUUCUGUCUGGUCCAUGUCACCAGGAGGAUAUACACGGCCGUUCCGUUAUUUAUGUCAUUUACUAAACAUCUUGAGGAAUAUGCCCCUAGUAAAGAUGGUGGCCAGGCGUUCGGAGGAGGAGGGUCAGGUUGCUGUGGAGUUCCUGUCGGCGUGCUCUUCCUAGCCAACCAAUCGGGGCUUGUGGCCGACUGUGUCCUGUCUGAAGGCAGAAGUGGAGGUUCUAUAAGGCGCACAGCGGCCGCCUGUCUGGAGAUGAGUCAGCACCACAGAGGAGGGCUGAGGAAGUACCCGGAGCUCCCUGUGUGGGUGGUGGAGGACCACCAUGAUGUGCUGCCAUUUAUCUAUCGAGCUAUUGGAUCGAAGCACUUGCCUGCUAGUAAUAUUAGCUUUGUUCACUUCGAUUCUCACCCAGAUCUCCUGAUACCAGUAAACAUGCCUGCAGAUACUGUGUUUGACAAAGAAGCCUUGUUCAGCGAGUUAAGUAUCGAGAACUGGAUCAUGCCGGUAGUGUAUGCUGGACACUUCUCUCAAGUUGUAUGGCUCCAUCCCUCGUGGGCCCAGCAGAUCAGAGAAGGCAAGCACUUCUUUCUGGUUGGCAAAGACAAGUCUACAACUACAAUAAGGGUCACAAGCACCGAUGAUUACUUUCUAAGUGACGGUCUUUAUGUGCCUGAGGAGCAGCUUGAAAACCCCAAACCUCUUCAUUUGGAUGUCAUCUUGCUGAACCCUGUGAAGGGACCAGGCUGUGAAGAUCCAGACAAAGGUGAAUCUGCUGCUAAAAAACUCAAGCUUGCAGAAAAUGAUGAAGUAGCGGGUGGUCCUGCCUCUGCAUUUCAAUGUACAUCUUCACAGGGAGUUGCGUUUGCUGUGUGUGAUGGAGCAGAAGACCAUUUCAGAAAGGGCUCCUCUUGCAACUGCAUGGAAACUAAUGGUGAUCUGAAUGCGAAACUCGCUGAGAGCAUUGUGCAAGUCUUGGAGAAAGGGGACGCUUACGUCUUGGAUAUAGAUUUAGAUUUCUUUUCAGUGAAGAAUCCAUUCAAAGAAAUGUACACGCAGGAGGAAUACAAAAUCUUGCAGGAACUGUACAGCUUCAAGAAACCAGGCCCUGGUUCCUCAGAGGACUCCCUUGUUGACUGUGUAGAGAACCGCAUACGUCAGCUUGAAGAUCUGGAAGCUGCAUUUUCCGAUUUCUGUGAGGCUGAUGGUGAGGCGACUGUACAAAGAUGGGCCUCCAAUCCUGGAAUGGGCAGCCUUGUUCAGCUUGUAAACAGUUUAAAAAGUCGAAUGGAAGCACCUGACUAUGAGAUGAUUCAUCAAGCUGGUCUUACGUGUGAUUAUGCUGAGCUUCCUCAUCAUGUUAGCUCUCAGAUGGAAAUAGAAUGUUUAAUGCAAUCCAUGAAACAUUUAUUGAAGCGCCUUCCAAAGCCGACCCUUGUCACAUUAGCUAGGUCAAGUCUUGAUGACUAUUGCCCUUCUGAGCAAGUUGACUACAUACAAGAAAAGGUUCUGGAUGUUCUUCGUUCACUUUUUGGCACUUUGGAUGUUCAUUUAGAAUUUUCCCCUGGGUCGUCAUCUGUGUGAUUUCUGGAUCAUCACCUUUAUUCACAUAGUAGCCUAAAAAUUAAACCACUAUUCACACCUCUAUGAAAUGGGUUUCUUUGUGAACCUAUAGUAUUUUACUGUCAUUUACAUAAGUAUCACCUUUUAACGAUUUGUGUCACAGCAGCUUAUUAUUAGAGUAUACAUUUAGCUACCUCUAGUAAGUUAUUCUUUGUAUUGAUACUAUAAAAAUGGGGAUUCAAACACAUAGGCUGCAUCCAUACAUGGUACAAAUAGAAAUUUUUAUUUGUAGAUGUAUUUUAGAGAAAGAUGUGUCUACAUGGUGUUGCUGCUCCUUUCUGUGUUCUUAAGUAUGACCACAUUAUUUAUAAUUAUUCAUAUGUAAAACUUGAUGUUUGUAACUGUUUGUAUAUUACAGCAUUGUACUGUACAGUAGUGUCAGUCUGCUUACGACUUUAUAGCAAUAUUGAGUUUAUAGAAACAGGCCUGUUAAAAAUAGAGUACAUAGUACGUGAUCUGUCAUUACAUACUCCAAAUACAAAUAUCAACAAUU